AUUACACCUCUUGCAUCUUUACCGCCACCACGGCAUGUCCGACUCAGUGCCAGCAAGUACACUGCCCUACCCACCCGUCCAUAAGGGAAAGAAAUUCGUGGUUCUAUCCGAUUGGGAUGGCACGAUAACGACGUUCGAUUCGAACGAUUACAUGACUGAUAACCUUGGGUAUGGAAAGGAGAGAAGGAGACAAGGGAAUCUGGAUAUCCUCACAGGAAAGGCUACGUUCAGGGACGCCUUCCGGGAGAUGCUAGCUAGUGUCGUGGCUAACGGGCAUUCGUUUGAAGAGUGCAAGGAUGUUCUGCGCAAGAAUAUACAACUUGACUCCGGAUUCAAAGAUUUCUAUGCGUGGUGUAAAGCCAAUGAUAUCCCGGUGAUUAUUGUCUCUAGUGGCAUGGCCCCAACUAUUCGUGCCGUUCUUUCCAAUCUGCUUGGGGAAGAAGCCGCUAACGAAAUAGAAAUCAUAUCUAAUGAUGUAGACCUCCACGAGGACGGGACCUGGUCCAUUAAAUUUAGACAUCCUACCAGUGGAUUCGGACACGACAAAUCUUAUGCCAUUCUUCCAUACCGACAGCUCCCAGAGCCUCCGACGCUGUUUUUCUUCGGCGACGGAGUGUCAGACAUGUCCGCUGCUAAGCACGCGGAUGUCCUGUUCGUCAAGACGAAGGAUCAAGGAGACAAUGACUUGGCGGCGUACUGUAUUCGCGAAGGGAUUAAACAUAUCCUCUUCGAUGAUUUCUCUAAAGCGCUGCCUGUAGUGCAGUCCGUCGUUAAAGGAGAUUUGACUGUAGAGAAGGCUCUUGCUAUUGGUCAGGCUUAGAUAAUUGAGAUGUAGACGCUUAAUAUAAAAUCACAGAUUUAAUUUUUCUUUCAG